AUGCCUUUCUCCCAUCACUCACAUUCUGGAGAGUUUUGCCCCAGCCAUGCACAGGAUUCCUUAGAACAAGUCAUCCAGGAGGCAAUUAGGCAAGGUAUGCGGGUGUUUUGUUUGAGCGAGCAUAUGCCGCGUGCCGAUGAGGAAUUAUAUGACGAAGAAAUCAAAGCUGGCGUAACUUCUUCAUUUUUACUUAGUAACGAGGAACGAUACUUCUCAAAAGCAAUUCAAUUGCGGGAGAAAUACGCCUCUCAGAUCAAAAUUCUCGUAGGCUUCGAAUCGGAAUGGAUUGAAAGUAAUUCUUCACUGAGGCUGAUACACGAAUCACUAUCCAAGUAUCCUUGGGAGUUUUUCGUUGGGUCGGUCCACCAUCUUCAUGGCAUUCCUAUUGAUUGGAGCCGAGAGCUUUACUUGAAGGCGCGGGACAUAUCCGGCGGAACAGACGAACGCAUGUUCGAAGACUACUUUGAUUUACAUUUCGAGAUGUUGCAGAGUUUAAAGCCCCCGGUAGUCGGUCAUUUCGAUUUAAUUCGACUUCAUUAUGACAGUACAAAGUCCUCUACAGAAGGGCUACGCAAAUGGCCGGGUGUUUGGGAGAGGGUCGUGAGAAAUCUUGAGUAUAUCUCAAACUACGGAGGGCUUUUGGAACUCAAUUCAGCUGCACUGCGGAAGGGGCUCGAUAUGCCGUAUCCCUCAGCAGAGAUCUGUCAAGAAUUCUUGGCCAUGGGUGGGCGAUUCUGUCUUUCUGACGAUAGCCAUGGUGUCGCUCAAGUUGGGGCCAAGUACCACGAGAUGUUGAAAUUUGUGAAGGAACAGGGAAUCCAGAAGCUCCACUUUCUGGAGCUUGCCCCUGAAGAAACGAGUGAGGUGGUUGACUCGAGAUUUCCACGGACGAUACAGAAGAGUUGUUCUCUGGCAGAGGUGGAGGAAUUGGAAUACUGGAAGAGAUGA